CAAGUACUGAUAUCUUGAAAUGGAAAACUAGGUCACCCCCUAAAGGAGAUUUUGUUAGGCCGAGUUGUCUUCCAUAAAAGGGCCCAUUAGAGGAGUAGUGUAUUUGUAAUGGGCCUAAUGUGGGCCCUUCCAUAUUCUUACGACUUAAAUAGAACGAGGAAGUGUCCUACAACUCAAACGAGGAAUAAUGUAGAACAAGUAGAAAAAAAAAGUUAAAUUAUAAAUCCAACAAAAAUUAAAAUCGCCUUUGCUUCAAAUUUGUUUUUACGAUUUUGCUUUUCUUCGUCUCCCUCGUCUCCUCUCUCUCACUCCCUCUCUUACAUUUUCUAUUUUUUUUAGAAAUAUCUUCAGGGAAAAAAAAGUGAUUGUCUGAUACAUCUGUAGAGUCGGAGUUCAUGUGAUUUCCUUCUCCGAUUUGUUUGCAUCUCGGAGAAAAUUCGAGAAGCUUUUGUGUGAUGUUGGGUAGAUCGAAUCGAUAAACGAAAGCGGAGAAUCGUUAUCCGGAUCCGCGUCCCAGAGAAUCCGGACAGUCUGUUUGGUAGAUUCGGUAGGAGGAAGAACAAGAUCGGUGACUUGCGAAAUCGGAGAGGAAGAUGCCGGCGACCGGAGAUUUGGACCGUCAGAUCGAGCAGCUGUUGCAGUGCAAGCCGCUGUCGGAAGCGGAGGUGAAGACGCUAUGCGAUCAGGCGAGGGCGAUUCUCGUGGAGGAAUGGAACGUUCAACCGGUAAAGUGUCCGGUCACCGUCUGCGGCGACAUCCAUGGCCAGUUCUACGAUCUUCUCGAGCUUUUUCGGAUCGGUGGCGCCGCGCCUGAUACAAACUAUCUCUUCAUGGGCGAUUAUGUAGAUCGUGGAUAUUAUUCUGUGGAGACAGUCACACUCUUGGUUGCCCUGAAAGUUCGGUACAGAGAUAGAAUCACAAUUCUAAGAGGGAAUCAUGAAAGCCGGCAAAUCACCCAAGUGUACGGGUUUUAUGAUGAAUGUUUGAGGAAAUAUGGAAAUGCAAACGUCUGGAAGUAUUUCACCGACCUUUUCGACUAUCUUCCUCUCACCGCUCUCAUCGAGAGUCAGGUUUUCUGUUUACACGGAGGACUAUCGCCUUCUCUAGACACACUCGAUAACAUCCGAGCCUUAGACCGCAUUCAGGAGGUUCCGCACGAAGGGCCAAUGUGUGACCUUCUCUGGUCCGACCCAGAUGACCGUUGUGGCUGGGGAAUUUCCCCACGUGGCGCGGGCUACACUUUUGGUCAGGAUAUUGCCACUCAGUUCAACCACAAGAAUGGACUCACUCUGAUAUCCAGAGCUCAUCAGCUUGUCAUGGAGGGAUAUAACUGGUGUCAGGACAAGAACGUUGUGACUGUAUUCAGUGCCCCAAACUAUUGUUACCGGUGCGGGAACAUGGCUGCAAUCCUCGAGAUCGGAGAGAACAUGGAGCAGAAUUUCCUUCAGUUCGAUCCAGCACCUCGUCAGAUUGAGCCCGAAACCACACGCAAAACCCCAGAUUAUUUUUUGUGAACUCUUUGGAAAUCCAUCACUAGCUUUUCUUUGUUCUUUUUUGUAGAUGUCUGUGGAGGUUGAGGUUCAAACUUUAAUGGGUUUUCUAAUCGAAACAAUGAUUCAGAAUU